AUGCCGCGAGGGGCAGUGGCCGAGGGCCUAGCAUCGUUUGCCAUGGUGCUGGGUACCGUGGCGCUGCUGGCGACGGCUGCCACCGCAUGCUGGCUCCUGCUAUUCCAUUUCGCGCUGAAGAAGCUUCCGCCGGUGCAGGAGGCGCUAGGGCUCAAGAAGCGGGACAAGCCCUCGCUGGCUGAGAAGCGGCAUGAGAUAGAGGCGCUCAAGGCGCAGCACCGGGCCAGCAUGAACCAGCGCGGCAGCAGCGGCAGCAUGCAGCCCACUCUAUCUCAGGGGGAUCGUGGACGGAGCCUCAACUUCCACAUCUCUGGCUUUGACAAGGAGGCGGUGGCUCCGCUCAGGGGGAUGGACAGGACGGCAUAA